CAAAAUCAUAAACACAAAACACACGAGUGGUUUGUUGAAAUGUUUUUAGCUGCUUCUACUAUUUCCUAUUGGUUACAAAUGUAGUUAUAACUUCAAUAACACGUGUAAUAUUUAUUCUUACAUUAUUCUAUAUUAAUAGAAUACCCUAGCGAUGGCGGAAGAAGACGCAGGGCUUCAUCGCUUAGAAGGAUCUUCAGGCGAUGCUCCCGGUGGCCUUAUCAUCAAGAAGAAGGACAAACCGGCAGAUUUCCAGUUCGCCAGGCCUUCCUUACUGGGGCUGGAUAAGCUGGCUGCAGCGAAGAGGAAGCAGAACCGCUUGAUUUCGUUUAAUGACGACGCUAGCGAGGCUGGUGAUUCCGAGUCUACAGAUGCGUCUUCGAGUGUGAAAGAGCGUAAAUACCGUAAGCCCAAUGAAGAGACACCGACGUACACCGGGGGGAUAUCCGAGCAAGCGCGGGAACGGAUGCUGGAGAGGUUACAAAAAAAAGAAACACAAAUCAAGGAGAAAGGUGUCACCUACUCUACAGAAGAAGAAAAGAAACUGCGGUCUAAAGAUGAGGAAGAUGAUCGAUAUUACCGUCACCGCUAUGAUAGAAGAGACCGUGAUAGAGAUAGGAGAGACAGGGAUCGAAAAUAUGAUGAUAAGGACAGAGAUAGAAAACGUGAUGACAAGGAUAGAGACAGGAAAUAUGAUGAUAAAGACAGAGAUAGAAGAAGAGAUGGCUCUUCCAGUAGUAGGGAUAAAGACAGAGAUAGACAAGGAAGGGAGAGUGAGCGAGAUAGCUCCAGAAGGAGUUAUUAUGAACCCCGGUUCAAGGAUGAACCCAGGACACCAAACCUCAAAGUUCUCAAGCCUCCUGAGAAGACGGCAUGGGAAGAAGAUGAUGACGAUGACAGACCCAUGCCAAGGAAGUCGACCUGGGACUUCCCCACUCCGGUACCGAGGGGCAAAGACGGCACAUCAGAGAGGUCUUGGAGGGCACGCAGCGAGAGCUCUAGAAGUGGAAGACCGAUGAGGGAUUACAAGGGACGGCCCUAUGAUACUUCUGUUAGGGCUACGCCUCAUAAGUUCGUAAGUUCAAGGCGUGGACUAGAUGUGGAAGACUCUGAAUGGCAGGAAGCUGAGAAGAAAUUGGACAGAGCCUGGUACAACAUGGGUGAAGGUGAAACCGACGAAAACGACCCAUUCGCCGGCACGACAUCCGAAUACAUAGCCAAGAAGGAGGAGCAAAUCCAGAAGCAAGGCAACAGGAAGGUGUCCGCUCAGCGCCAGCAGAUAGACAAGGACAACGAGCUGUGGGAGCGGAACAGGAUGCUCACCAGCGGCGUCGUGCACGCCGUCAACGUCAACAACGAUCUGGAAGAGGAAAGUGUCGACCGCGUCCACCUGUUGGUCCACAACCUGGUGCCUCCUUUCCUGGAUGGAAGAAUCGUGUUCACGAAACAACCGGAGCCGGUUAUACCUGUAAAAGACCCGACAUCAGACAUGGCGUUGAACGCCCGUAAAGGCUCAGCGCUGGUGAAGGCGUUCCGGGAACAGAAGGAACGGAGGAAGGCGCAGAAGAAACACUGGAAACUGGAGGGAACUAAACUCGGUAACAUCAUGGGCAUACAGAAGGAGAAAGAUGAAGAGGACGAUGGACCGAAUAAGGACGCGUACAAAUACUCGGAUCACCUGGGAAAUGCUGAAGAAGAACCAGAGUCGAAAUCCGACUUCGUAAAAAAGUUGUCUAUAGGCGAGCAACGUCGCUUCCUACCGGCUUUCGCUUGCAGAGAAGAGUUACUGCAAGUUAUCAGGGAGAAUAGCGUCGUUAUUAUUGUCGGUGAAACCGGCAGCGGCAAGACAACCCAACUCACACAAUACCUGCACGAAGAGGGCUACAGCAAGCGCGGCAUGAUCGGGUGCACGCAGCCGCGCCGCGUCGCCGCCAUGUCCGUCGCCAAGCGAGUGUCCAUGGAGAUGAAUACUCAACUAGGUGACGAAGUCGGGUACGCCAUUCGUUUCGAAGAUUGCACGGGGCCCAAUACCGUCAUCAAGUACAUGACUGACGGUAUUCUACUGAGAGAGGGAUUGCGAGAGCCAGACUUAGAGAACUACUCGGCCAUCAUAAUGGACGAGGCGCACGAGCGGUCUUUGUCCACUGAUAUGCUAUUUGGAUUGCUGCGUGAGGUGGUGGCCCGCCGGCACGACUUGAAGCUGAUUGUGACGUCAGCCACAAUGGACUCGUCCAAGUUCGCCCAGUUCUUCGGCAAUGUGCCCACCUUCACGAUCCCUGGUCGGACGUUCCCCGUCGAGACGUUCUACUCGAAGAAUGUGUGUGAGGACUAUGUCGAUGGCGCUGUUAAACAGGCUCUACAAAUUCACCUUCAGCCGGAAGAGGGAGACAUGCUGAUCUUCAUGCCUGGACAGGAGGACAUCGAAGUCACUUGCGAGGUGUUGACGGAGCGUCUGGGCGAGAUUGACUCGGCGCCGCCGCUGUCGGUGCUGCCGAUCUACUCGCAGCUGCCGGCAGACCUGCAAGCCAAGAUCUUCCAGCGCGCGCCGCCCGGCCAGCGAAAGUGUAUUGUGGCCACCAACAUCGCAGAAACUUCACUGACGGUUGACGGAAUAAUGUUCGUCAUAGACUCUGGCUACUGUAAGCUGAAAGUCUACAACCCUAGGAUCGGUAUGGACGCCCUACAGAUCUACCCAGUAAGCCAGGCCAACGCCCGCCAACGCGCCGGGCGAGCCGGCCGCACGGGCCCCGGCAAGGCAUUCUGCCUCUACACUCAAAGGCAAUACGAGCAAGAGUUGCUUGCCGCCACCGUGCCCGAGAUCCAGAGGACUAACCUGGCCAAUACCGUGCUUCUGCUGAAGAGUUUGGGCGUCGAGGAUCUGCUGGCGUUCCACUUUAUGGAUCCGCCGCCUCAGGACACUAUCCUGAACUCCAUGUACCAGCUCUGGAUCCUCGGUGCUUUAGACGGGACCGGCGCGUUGACCCCUCUCGGCCGGCAGAUGGCGGAGUUCCCGUUGGACCCCCCGCAGUGUCACAUGCUCAUUGUGUCGGGGGAGAUGGGGUGCAGUAAGGAGGUGCUGAUUAUUGUAUCCAUGCUGUCGGUACCUACAGUGUUCUACCGACCCCAGGGCAGGGAGGAGGAGGCGGACACGGUGAAGGAGAAGUUCCAGGUGCCGGAGUCCGACCAUCUCACCCUGCUGCAUCUUUACAACCAGUGGAAGGCUAAUAAUUACUCAACCCAAUGGUGCACAGAACACUUCGUGCACGCGAAGGCGAUGCGCAAGGUGCGAGAGGUGAGGCAACAGCUGAAGGACAUCAUGCAGUCUCAGCGCCUGCCGCUGGCGUCCUGUGGGACCGACUGGGACAUUGUCCGGAGGUGUAUUUGUUCAGCAUACUUCCAGCAAGCAGCCAGACUGAAAGGAAUAGGCGAAUACGUGAACUGUCGAACCGGAAUGCCUUGCCAUCUGCACCCGACAUCGGCACUCUUCGGUCUGGGCAACUCCCCUGAUUAUGUGGUCUAUCAUGAGUUGAUGAUGACCAGCAAAGAGUAUAUGCAUUGUGUGACGGCGGUGGAUGGGAGAUGGUUGGCUGAGCUGGGACCAAUGUUCUUCUCUGUGAAGGAGACUGGCAAAUCAAAUCGCGACAAACGCAAGGAGGCGGCCGUGCACCUACAGAGAAUGGAGGAAGAGAUGCGGCAAGCAGAAAUCAAGAUGGCGGAAAACAAGAGGAAGAAAGAAGAAGAUGUGCCGAUCAAACAAGAGAUAGCUACCCCCGGGUUCAAUACGCCGAGGAUAACGCCUCAUAGACUAGGAUUGUAGCAUGAUUUUGUGAUGACAAUAAACGUUUGUAGGAUUAAGAGUGUA